AUGGCCUUCCCCCCCUUAUUUGCCAAGCGUGUUAAAAGGAUUCUGAGAAAUGCUCUUGGAGAAAUCACGUAUAAAGAUUAUACUUAUGGUAAGCUGAUAGGAGUUUGUACUCAGGAAGAUUUACCUGAUGCUCCGGCUAAUAGCAGGAGAAAACAUAGAGAUUCUAGAGACUCCAAUCCUGAUAGACCUCAUAGAAAGAAGAGAUCUAGAUAUAGAUCUAAAGAAGAGUGGGGCGCUAGAAAAGCCUUUCGCAAGGCUAAUAGAUUUAUCAAGACUAGAUCUAAGCGUGAGCUCGCCAAGAUUAAGUGUUAUAAGUGUGAUAAUUUCGGUCAUAUAGCACCUAAUUGUAAGCUUGAAAAUUUGAAGAUCUUAGAAUUAGAUAAGGAUAUUCAUGAUAAGGUUUAUAGUUUCUUAAAUACUUCUGGUUCUGAAUUCGAUUAUGAUUCUGACUCAGGCUCCGAAGAAGAGAUUGAUUUACCUGAAUUAUCUGAUAAUAAUCAGCCUGAUAAUAAUCAACAUGAUAAUAUGAAUACUUGCAAUACUUGCCAGGAACUUCUGAAAGAAGUUACUGAUAAUAAUCUUCGUAAAAAAAUUAUUCAGUUAGAUAUUGAAGCUGUUAAUAACAAAGGUAAAAACAUUGCUGAAGAUAAUACUCUUGCAAAACCUUUUAAUCUUGAUCCUAAACAAGGUAUGUUUUUAGGAAUGAUGCAAAUUGUUACUGCUCAUAACUGUGCUUUUGGGAAUCGGAAAAAGCAUAUAGUUACUUUUUCAUAUGAAGAUGAUUUCUCUAAGAAUGACAUUCCUACUAAAUCUCGUCCUUGUCAAAUGAACGCCGAAUUAGUUGAAUUUUGCAAAAAGGAGAUUGAUAAUUUGUUACAAAAGGGGUUGAUAAAACCUUCAAAAUCACCUUGGUCUUGUACUGCAUUUUAUGUUAACAAUGCGGCUGAAAAAGAACGAGGUGUUCAGAUCCAAAUAUUUAAAGAGCAUACUUAUAAAACUGCUUUUAAUGUCCCGUUUGGACAAUAUAAAUGA